GUGAUUUUGGGAUUGCGAAAUUGUUAGGUGCAGAGGAUAGUUUUAGACAAACUAACACUAUUGGGACCAUUGGAUACAUUGCGCCAGAGUAUGGACAAGAUGGACUUGUAUCAACAAGUUGUGACGUCUACAGUUUUGGUAUCGUGAUGAUGGAAACAUUCACAAGGAGGAGGCCUAGUGAUGAAAUGUUUACUGGAGAUUUGAGCCUAAAACAAUGGGUAAACGACUCGCUUCCUUCUGGAGUUACACAACUAGUGGAUGCAGAUUUGAUGAGACCAAAGGAAGAACCUCUAAAUGCAGAGAUGCAAUGCUUGGUUUCUGUCAUGGAAUUGGCUUUAAGCUGCACUUCAGUAUCACCAGAUGCAAGAAUCAAAAUGAAAGAAGCUCUUUUGGCACUCAAGAAGAUAAGAAUUCAAUUGGUCACCAAGCUGAACUUUGAAGUAAGGCUGAAUCCAGAAAGUUCACUCCAAUAGAAUUUGGAGAAGGCUUGUUAUAAUAAGAGUAGAAUAAAGAUAACAGGAAGCAACCUUUUGUUUCUGUCUGUAGGCCAA